CCCCCCGGAGUGUCAGGUGAGGUUAGUGACCUACUUCUGGAGCUCUAAAAAGUUCCGGACGCGGGCGGUCGGGGAAGACCUCUGUCCACUCCCCAGAAGGCCCCCGAGUCCCGCUGCCCGGCCCAGCCCGGCAGCCCCCCCGCCCGCAGCCCGUCGCGGGGCCGGGACGCGGCCGGUUGCCUUGGCUCCGGGGGCGGGGGCGCGCGGCUGCUCCAAUCACGGUGCGGCCGGGAGGUCGCGGACCAGCCCUGGAAAAGUCACCGCAGGCAGACCCCUGAGGCCGGCGGGCCGGGGAGCCCAGGAGCCCAGCCCUGCCCGCCGCGGGCCGCCGCCUCCGGAGCGGGCGUCGGAUGCGUCGGGGGCGAGCGCGCGGGGCCCCGGGAACCGGUCCGGCCCUAGCCCGCCCGCCAGGCCAUGGGGGCUUCGGGGCUCCUCGUGACCGGCGCCUCCUUCGCCGCCUUCCGGGGCAUGCACUGGGGGCUGCGGCGGCUGCCCGUGCCGGGGGCCACGGCUCAGGACCGCUGGAAGUGGCGGAACAUCGCUGUCUCCCUGGUGCACAGCCUGAUCACCGGGUUCGGGGCGCUGCUCGGGCUGGUGCUAUACCCUCAGUUGGCCACCGACCCCAUUCACACCCACCCGCCCUGGACCUUGCUGCUGGUGGCUGUCUCUGUGGGUUAUUUCCUGGCCGAUGGACUUGACAUGCUGAAGAACCAGACCUGGGGCCAGGCCUGGGAGCUUCUCUGUCACCAUUUGGCGGUAGUGAGCUGCCUCGGCACUGCCGUCCUGUUCGACCACUACGUGGGCUUCUCUCUGGUGUCUCUGCUCCUAGAGCUGAACUCCGCCUGCCUGCACCUGAGAAAGCUGCUGCUGCUUUCUCACCAGGCCCCCUCCGUGGCCUUCAGUCUGGCCAGCUGGGCCACGCUGGCCACCCUGGUCCUCUUCCGCCUGGCGCCGCUGGUGUGGAUGAGUCUGUGGCUGAUCUGGCACUACCGCCUGGUGCCUCCUGCUCUGCUUGUCCUCGGUGGCACCGGGCUGGCCACCGUGGGAGCCUUGAGCAUCAAACAGGGUGUCCUAAUCUUCAUCAGUGACGUCCUGCGGUCUCAGUCUCAUUCAUCCAGCCGUGGGCACAGGGAAGCGAGGGUCGCCAGGACAUAUGAUGGUGAGCCUGCCCCCAAGGAGGAUUCCCCUCUCGGCCUGAAAGACUAGGGUGAAGCCUCGGGUUCUCCUUCUGCCAGUCUUGGGGGACAAGGAGAUGAUGGUCUACAAUGCACAGACACCCCUAUUGGGGUAAAGACUGGACUGGAUUUUCAGCAUCUCAGCUCCUCUUCCUGCAAAUUCAUACCCCUCCCCCACUCCUAGGCCCCGAAAAGAAAUGGUUGGGAAUCUGAGCUAUUGUGCAUUGCAUUUCCUCAUCGGAUAACCGUCCUCUCCAGAAAACUAAUUCAAGAGGUACAGCCAGUGCUACCAAUACAGGGUGGCAGGACCCAUGCAACUGCACGUUAACUGCCAAAGGAAACAGAAUCCCUUUGCUCUAGCACAGGGACAGGUGAGGGAAGGUGAAGUCUCAUGGGGAGUAGAGGUGUGGUAGGGUGGGGGUAAGGCCAGAGGGAAGGGAUCUCACCUAUGACCAAACUCUGGCAGUGGGAGGAGAACGCAACAGGUGCCCUCUGUAGCCAGGAGUUACAUAGACAUACCAGCUGCUCAGAGACCAAAGACCCGGGGCAUAGAGAUUGCCGCUGAGAUUUCUGGUUCUCAAAACCCCACUGUUGUGUUUGUACUUCACCUGAGUCCUACUGUGUCCAGCAUCUGCCUUUUUGAAAUUUAUCUUUAGAAUAUCUUGACUUUCUCAAAGAAAAGACCCAUUUUUAGAGGGAUGAACAUGGGGCUAGGUCUCCCUUCUUUUUAUUUUAUUUAUUUUAUUUUAUUAAUUUGGUUUUGAACCUUUAAUGAGAAAAACAUACAUAUCAAGCUCAAGAACACUGGGUGGCGUGUCACUGGGUCAGGAGUGACAAUAGGUCUCUCUUUUAGGACAGAGCUCUCGUAGGGACUCAGACACCCGUGCUGGGCGCACAGUGUAGGGUCUUCCUAGGCCCAGGGCUUCCUGGAAGAAUGAGGCACAGGCAGAAGCCUAGGAGAGGCUUCCUUUUGGCUACAGAGCGAUGAAGUCAUUUGCAAUCUCUCCUUUCUCCCCUGCCACUUCAGCUGCAUUUUUUCUUUUGUCUUGAUUUAUUGAUUUU